UUGUGCCCCCUGACUAUUCAUAUAAAAUCCAAUAUGGUGGAUUGGUAGAAGAAUUAUGAAAUGAGAUGAUAUUUUUUGUUGAGAAAUUUCAGGAUUUCUUCUUCGUCAACUCUGUCAAACCUACAAAGAAACAUUCAUUUAUCUUUCGAGAGUGAAAUCCUGUUAUUUUCUUCAAGUCUUUUGAUGUAAAGAAUGGUGACUAUUCGUCCAUUCAAGUGUGACGAUCUAUUUCAUUUUGCAAAUGUCAACUUGGAUCCUCUUACCGAAACUUAUGGCAUUCAGUUCUAUUUGCAAUAUUUAUCGCGAUGGCCAGAAUAUUUUCAAGUUGCAGAAUCUCCAGAUGGACAAAUAAUGGGCUAUAUAAUGGGGAAGGCUGAGGGCAGUGUUGAACGAGAACAGUGGCAUGGACAUGUGACCGCAGUGACUGUGGCUCCAGAAUUCAGGAAGUUAGGAAUUGCUCGGACUCUGAUGACAGGUCUUGAGGAUAUCUCGGAGAGGAAAAAUUGUUUCUUUGUUGAUCUCUUUGUACGUGUUUCCAAUGAUGUUGCUGUGAAUAUGUACAAGCGUCUUGGCUAUUCCAUCUACCGAAGGGUGCUGGGUUAUUAUUCGGGUGAUCCAGAUGAAGAUGCCUUUGACAUGAGAAAAGCAUUAUCUCGAGAUCAUGAAAAAAAGUCCAUAAUCCCGUUGAAACAUCCUGUGAGACCAGAAGAUGUAGAGUAGCUUCACGGGACAGGACAUUCAAUCAAUGUAUGUGCUACAUGAAGUUAAUGACGCAUUGCAAAAAACAAUAAAUUUAUUUUUGCUGA